GUUGAAAAAGUAGGCUUCGCCGACACGCUACCGACACCAUAAAUUUUCUUCUUCGAUUUUGGCUUCUAAACAGUGCUUAUCAUGAACGUAUCAAACUCCGCGCACUCCGGUGAGGUUCUUUGUGAACUGAACAAUCAGCGGGAGCGGGCAGAGCUGACUGACGUGGUUCUGGAGGUGGGAGGGAGAAGUUUCCCGUGCCAUCGCGCCGUCCUAGCCUCCUGCAGUCCCUACUUCCGCAGCAUGUUCACCAGCGGCUACGCGGAGGCCAAACAGGAGAGGAUCAGUAUCCAGGAUGUGAGUCAGGUAGCCAUGGCAACCAUUCUGGACUACGCCUACACCGGCCGCCUUCAGACGGAGCCAGACCAGGUCCAGGUUGUGAUGUCUGCAGCCAAACUGCUACAGGUGGAGUUCAUAUGCCACCAGGCAGCAGAAUAUAUGAAGGAGAAUCUGGACGUGUGCAACUGUGCAGAUGUGUUGAUGUAUGCUGACAUGCUGGGCGACCUGGCCCUAGUGGAGUGCAGUGGGAUGUAUGUCGCAUCCAGGUUCGACCAGGUGGCGCUUCAACCAUCCUUUCUCCAGUUGCCGCUUGCCCUGCUCCAGUCACUACUCACCAGGGAUGAUCUUCUGACCAACUCAGAAGACGACGUUGUCCAAGCUGCUAUGAGAUGGGUUGAAUUUGAUGAAGAAGAACGCUUGAGACACCUUCCUACCCUUUGUCGGUCCUUCCGCUGUUCCUUCUUGAGCUCCAACCAACUUGUGGAACUGGAGAAGAAGUGCCCUUCAACCGACAUCAAGUUGGUUUAUAGUGACAGCACAACCCGGCGGCUGGGACAGACACGAACUGAAAUGCAGAUUUUUGUGAGAGUUUCAACUGAUUUCAGGAUGUCUGCUCCUUGUUACGACCCUUCUACAGGUGAACUGUACACAAUGACUAUGCCUGACGACGUGGUCGGCUAUUCUAUGGCAGUAACUUCCGGAGAUGAGCUGUACCUUGCAGGGGGCGUUGCUGAUUCUCCCAGAAAAGUUUCUGAUGACUUCAAGGGCUGCAAGAAGCUGAAGAAAUUUUACCAGUACAACCACUUGAUGGACACCUGGGAGCAAAGGUGCGACAUGAUUUCACCAAGAGUCAGGUGUGGUCUGGUGUACCUGAAGGGGUACAUCUAUGCCAUUGUUGGUGAUGACGCUAAGAAAACAGCGGAGAAAUACGACCCCAGCCGUGAUGAGUGGACGUCCAUACCACCGCUCCCCUACUGCAUAUUCCGGGACUUUUGUUCUGUGGCUCUUGGUGACAGCAUCUAUGUGAUAACUGCUAUUGAAGGCUGCUUCUGCUUCAGUACCACAGACAACACGUGGAGCAGGAUAGCAGAUAUGAGUGAACCAAUGGCUCAUCUUCAGGCCGUCGUGCAUCAGGGAAGCAUCUACUGUACAGGCAACCUGGGACGGCACAGCUCGGUUCCAGUUAAGAUGUACAACCCCACAAAAGAUGAGUGGAAACAGUCUGGGAAGUCCCAUUUUGCCUCUGACACAACAAUCCUGACGAAGUAUGGAGAGACUAUGUACCUCCUCGAAGUACACAAGAACAAGGGUGAAGACCAAUCGAUUGCUGCCAUUGACAUUCACCAGUACCAGCCUGAGACAGACUCCUGGCUGUUUGUACAUGACAAGGGCAGGCUGGUUCCCCCCAUGGUGCUCUGGUUGUGUUCCCUAGGGUUUCCUGAUACACUGCACCUUUACUGCCUGGCGGCAAGGAUGGUCCCAGAGUGCCUGUGGGAGGAUCAUACAGGAGUGUUUAAGGACCUUCCUGACCAUGGAGAAGAGGGGAGCGGAAUCUCAGGUGACAGUGACGGUGAAGACGACCUCUCGGACCAAGAGGACGAUGGAAGUGGAAGUGACAAUAACAACAUCUGAGGAAGAACCUUCCUUACUGUGGGGAAGAGUGACACUUUCUCAUAUCCACCAAGAAGAUGAAUCUCAGAUAUUGCUUACAGUGAGGAGGACCUCACGGACCAAGGGACGAUUACAGGGACAAUGGAUGUGAUGAUGUCCACAUCUGUGACACUAGGACUAAACGGUCGAUUGAUUGGUUCUAGCCAAUUUAUUAGUUGGACGUUAGCUCGCAAUUGUUGAUACGUCUUAUUGGUGUGUAAUCAUCGUCACUAAUUAAUCUCUCAUUAGUCUCAAUCUUUUACUAAUAAUACCUGCAUUGGCACCAUGUUCGCCAAUGAUUUCUGUGGUAAAGAAAGUCAAGAUAGGUUAGUACUACACAAAUUAAAGUGCUCUAAUUGUGCUCUAUGUAUUGUGGGCAAUUACUA